AAAAAAAAAAAAGUUAACAAAUAAUAAAAAAAAAAAAUGACAAGUCGACUCCCAAUAAAAGGUCAGCAGGAUGGUCCUUCAAGGAAGAGUCUCCUUCAACUGAUCAGUGAGUUAAAUGAGAGAAGUAAUGACGAGAACAAUAACAUGAACAAUGCCACAGACAACAGCAAUGGCAAUUCUAAUCGCUACAGCGACGAUAUGAGUCCUGAGGCCAGUGAGCGAACGCCACUUUUACAGGCACACAACGGAAGCACAUCAUCAACACUUGCACCAACACCAGCACCGGCAUCAGCACCGGCAGGUUCCCCCUAUAGUCAAAGCAAUAGCUACAACAACAAUAGUGAUGUGGAACAAGGCCUUAGUGGCACAGCUGUAUCUCCUCAGAUACCUACUGCAACACCAGCAGCUAUAAUAACAACACGUCCCCGUCAAUGGAAAAAAAUUUACUCCGACUCCAUCGUGACCAUUGGUCUCCUCUUACUAUUGUGCUUCCUUACUGUUGCUAUUGCAUCAUGGAUCUCUCAAAGAGUCCUUGACAAUGCCUUGAUCCUCAACAUUCAAAAGACAAGUAUACAUGAUAUGGAUGACUCUGGAUUCCAGAUUGAUAUAAAGAGUGAAAUCCUUUUGGAUUCCUCAAAUGACGGUUUCUUUGGUCUAACAGGCCUGGUCCAACAGGCAUUCCAUCCUACCGUGACCUUGCAGCCCACCACCUUGACAUUAAGCACACCUUCCAUGCAAAACGAUAUUUUCAUGGCAGAAUUCGAUGUAGAGGAACAGCGAAUGCCAUUGGGUCAAAGCUUGCAACUUGAUAUAUCUGCAUAUGUCCGUGUGACCAAUUCAUCACUCAUGGCUGAUUUCUUUAGCCGUACACUCCAACAAUCAACAGCGGAUUUGGUGAUCCGUGGGCCGAUUUAUACUAAACUCGGUUUAUUGUGGUACACGAAGCUGCGGCUCGACCGUGUCGUACCAAUGGAUGGACUUCAGGGUAUUCAGAAUGCAGCGCUGACUUCCAUGGAGUUGCCUGAAAACAAUCCACUAGGCGGGAUAUCUAUGUCGGGCAUUGCACGGAUCCAUAACCCAUCCAAAGUGCUUUCGAUGCAGAUGGGAGCUGUUACGUUUGGGAUUUAUCUACCUUCAAAGACUCAUCCUGAAGUAGAUUUCUACCAAAUCGCUGAAGUAAGCACAUCUCAAUUAGAGCUGAAGAGUCAUCAGUCGAAUGAUAUUGAGCUCUCGGGCCGACUCUUCCAUCUUGACGACUGGCAUAAGACAACGAUGGGACAAGAAAUAGCUCAUUUUGGAUCUAUAUCUGAAAAGCAACUGCUCCUAGGGCAGCUGUUAUCGCGGUUCAUUCAGGGCGAUAACUCAACCAUCCAAGUACGUGCCCUUUCCAAGGCCCCCAACGUCCCACCAUGGCUCUCGGAGGUCUUUAAGAGUAUUGUCUUGCAAAUGAUCUUUCCCGGAUCACCCAACAAGGAUUUCAUCCAAUCACUCGACAUGAACGAGCUUGAUUUUGGAUUCUCAGACAAUAAACGUCAGGCUCUUUUGAGUGGACAGUUGUCAAGUGUUCUGCAGUUGCCACCCAAUGUCACUUUCCCCAUCAAACUACUUCGAAUGAAGCCAACUGCGUGGAUCAAGGCACCGGGAGGCGAUAAGCACAUGGCGUCAUUAGGCAUCUCUGCUUUCCUACCGACAAUCAGCCGACAGAAUGGUGAUACAUUAGAAGUGUAUUUGGAUAUGAAGCAAACGCCACUGGAGGUGGAGUCUGGCCAGAUGGAAGCCUUCUAUCAGUUUUUGAAUUCAUCCUUUACACAGGAUUGGAUUCAUUUGGGUAUUGUGGGAGAAGCAGUGGCAGAGGUCGAAACUGGGCUUGGCACAUUUGAGCUUGGUCCUAUCCCAUUUGAUGUUAUUACGACUCAACGAGGACUUGGUGGUCUUGUGGGUGUGGCUCCAUUGCUUGAAAAGUUGGAUGUUAUCGGUAGUUCAGAGAAUUCUUUGACUGUCGAAGCCACAUUAGUGCUCUGGAAUCCUUCUAAUAUCAGUGCGACGCUUGGAGAUUUGUCCUUUUUAUUAUCUCACGGGGGUUACAUCAUUGGAAUGGCUACAGUCACGGAUGGGCAAGUUCUACCGGGCAACAAUACAAUCAGGUGUAUUGGUAUCAUGGACCCAUCCAUUGACUGUAAGCGCAAACAUAGUCCCAACUGUAAUAUGGAGCCUGCGAGGAAUGCGUCGCGUGAGUUCAUUUCAAAGUAUAUCUCUGGAGAUAAUACGACGACUCUUGACGUUCUGGGACAUGCUAAUUCAACUCACAUUCCACUAUUACAGCCUAUGCUCUCUACGUUCACUAUUACCUCGUAUUUACCCGCGAUUGAACAAGAUUUCCUUCUCUCAGCGACAAUGUACCUUCUCUCACACUCCCUUGUUCUCGAACUUCUCAACCCGCUUGAUGCUAUGAUCACAGUCCUUUAUCUGAAUGGCACGGCCUUCUAUAAGGAUGAACCACUGGGUCAUAUCUUGGUCAAUUUUGAACAUGAUAUCGGCAGCCCGAAGCCAAUCCUCAUCCCUGCUAACGAUCAUCAGAACGAAACCUCGGGUUAUGCCAGGACCCCUCGCUUACCCGUGACCCUUGAAUUGUUUUCAGCUGGGUAUGAAGCUCUGAGGAAGGCCUUGGGCGGUACAUUGGAGGUCGAUGUACUUUGCCAUAUAAAGGCCAAAGUUGGAAACAUGCCAAUGUGGGUCGAUUUUUACAAAGACGGUCUUAGUGCCAACGUACGGAAGGGCUUUUAA